GAUAUAUAUCCAGCUGAUUGGACAGCGACCACUCAGACCCAGUGCGAUGGCGAUCCCUCGACUUGUUCUCUUGACGACCGUAUUGGCCUUGGCCUCGGCCAGCCUGGACUCGAUGUUGGCGGACAGCUUGGACGAGUGCCUCGGCUCCGGAGCGGGCACCGAGGCCUGCCUGAGGGGGCGGGUCCUGGACUACCUAGGCGCCCCCCGGGCCGGGGGGGACUCCGCCCUCGCGGAGAGGGUCCUCCAGAUCCUGAAGAGCCACGACCUCAGGCUCCAGCUGCCAGAGGCCCUCCAGGGCGCCACCCUCGUCUUCAAGCCAGGUCGUGGUCUGGACUUCGACAUCGAGUUCCCUCACGAGAAUGACGUCACGCCCAGAGGAGCACGAGACAUGAUGAAGCAGAAGAUGCUCUUUCCAUUGCUGAUGCUGAUCAAGUUGAAGCUGAAGGCUUUGACUCCGAUCAUGCUAGCAUUCGUCGGCCUCAAGGCGACCAAAGCUCUCGUCCUCUCCAAGAUCGCCAUCCUAUUGGUCGUCGGUUUCCUCAUUGUCCAGUUAUGCCAGAAAUUGGGAAUGGCUAAGAUGUCCAUGACCCCCGCUGCAAUGCCCACGAUGGACCCGACUCCACCACCAUCGGUCUACGGGCCCCCGACCACCCAGAGCAGCUACGACCCCAACAGCUGGGAGCCCGCUCCGGGUCCCUACGCCAGGAUAUACGACACAUCUCAGCAGAUGGCGUAUUCCGGAUACACAACGCAACCAGCCAACAAGUACAAGAGGAUCUAGACAUAUAAUGAACGAAAUACCGGCUUGAUACCAAAGAAACAUCAUUCAAAGACAAGAACGACUUAUGGAACGAUGGGCUGAGAAAUUAAAUUGACUAACGUAGGAUACUUGUUACCCAUUAUUGAAGCCUAUGGACAAAGAGAACUACGAAAAAAUUAUAAAACGAAAUAACUUACAGAGAAUAUGACAAUUUUCGCCAUACACUACUUUAUUUUUUAACUGACCGAUACUGAAAGACUGAAAUAACAGAAUUUAGAGAAGAAAACGCUCAGGUUAAUGUAAAAGAAAAAUGUAAAUAUAUUUAUUAAUUUAUUGCUUUGUAAAAAUAAAAAUUG